AUGCGAUACCUUUAUGCCGUUUCUGCGAUUUUGGGAUUAGUAUCCCUAGCGGAAAGUAGGAGUUCGUACGUCGCUGACUUGUCCAUCUUGGCAUUUGCUGGCACUCCGGUUGGAAAGGUUGUUCCUUUCAAUGGGCUUGACCUCUACGUCUCGAUGCCGCGAAACAAGAGCGAAAAGGGGCCGGAUCCAAUGAGACAAUUUGGAGUUCUCAUGCUGCCUGACGUGUUCGGAAUUCAAUCGACUGAGAACAUGCUUCUCGCCGAUAGCUUUGCCCGCGCGGGCUACAUUACCGUUGCCCCGGACUUGAUGGACGGCAAGCCAAGAACCGAAGGCUCAAUGUCGGGGUUCAACGCAAGCGAGUUCUUCAAGUCACAUGGGCCUAGCGUUACAGACCCCAAAGUUGAGAAAGCCAUCAUGUACAUGCGAGAACAAAUGGGUGUCCGCAAUAUUGCCUCGACCGGGUAUUGUUUCGGUGGACGAUAUGUUUUCCGAGCACUUGGGCUCCCCGACAAAAAGGGGGUGCAAGUCGGGUUUGCUGCACAUCCAAGCGCACUCGGCGAUGACGAAAUUAAGGCCAUUAAAGGACCUGCGAGCUUGGCCGUAGCUGAGGGUGAUACAGGCAUGUUGACGAAGAGGAGGGUGGAAAUUGAAACAGCCAUGGGAACCACCGGUCAGCCAUUCACAAUGGCGCUUUAUGGCGGAACACCUCAUGGGUUUGCUACACACCCUGAUCUCAACAAUCCUGUACAAAAGGCUGCGAAAGAGGAUGCUUUUCUACAAGCAGUGCGGUUCUUCGAGACAUGGUUGUGA